UAGAGCCCGAGCGGAGGCGGUGCGGAGCGUUUCUCCUCUCAGCGGCUCGGGAACCAGUGCGUGGUGCGGGGCUGCGGCUGAGCCUCUAGAUAGAAGGCGCAAGAGGUUGCCAGCUUCGUUUGAAGCACGUCGGGCGUCAAGAGCAGCUAGAAGUCAUGAGCGACAGCGGCGAGCAGAACUACGGCGAGCGGGAAUCCCGUUCUGCUUCCAGAAGUGGAAGUGCUCAUGGAUCUGGGAAAUCUGCAAGGCGUACCCCUGCAAGGUCUCACUCCAAGGAAGAUUCCAGGCGUUCCAGAUCAAAGUCCAGGUCCAGAUCUGAAUCUAGGUCUAGAUCCAGAAGAAGUUCUCGAAGGCAUUAUACAAGGUCACGAUCUCGGUCCCGCUCCCAUAGAAGAUCCCGUAGCAGAUCUUACAGUAGAGAUUAUCGAAGACGGCAUAGCCACAGUCAUUCUCCCAUGUCUACUCGCAGGUGUCAUGUUGGGAAUCGGGCAAAUCCUGAUCCCAACUGUUGUCUUGGAGUAUUUGGAUUGAGCUUAUACACUACAGAAAGAGAUCUAAGAGAAGUGUUCUCUAAAUAUGGCCCAAUUGCUGAUGUGUCUAUUGUAUAUGACCAGCAGUCUAGACGCUCAAGAAGAUUUGCCAUUGUAUAUUUUGAAAAUGUAGAUGAUGCCAAGGAAGCGAAAGAGCGUGCCAAUGGAAUGGAGCUUGAUGGACGUAGGAUCAGAGUUGAUUUCUCUAUAACAAAGAGACCACAUACCCCAACACCAGGAAUUUACAUGGGGAGACCUACCUAUGGCAGCUCACGCCGUCGAGAUUACUACGACAGGGGAUAUGAUCGAGGCUACGAUGAUCGGGACUAUUACAGCAGGUCAUACAGAGGAGGAGGUGGAGGAGGAGGAGGAUGGAGAGCUGCUCAAGACAGGGAUCAGAUAUACAGAAGACGGUCACCUUCUCCCUACUAUAGUCGUGGAGAUACAGAUCACGUUCCAGAUCUCGAUCAUACUCACCUCGUCGCUAUUAAAGCAUGAAGUUGAAGACUUUCUGAAACCUGUCCUAGAGUUGGGAUAUUGUUUGUGGACAAUAUUUUUUAUUGUCUCCU